AUGUGGAUGAGUAUGGAUUCAUCACAAGCGACCAAAAGGCAGCAGCAUCAUCAGCAGCAUCAGCAGCAGCAGGAGCAGCAGCAGCAGAAGCAGAAGCAGCAGCAGGAGCAGCAGCAGAAGCAGCAGCAGCAGGAGCAGCAUCAGCAGCAGCAAGGGGAGGAGGGUGAGCGAUUCAGCAGCAGAUUGUCUCUUUGAUGUCUGUCUGUCUGUCUGUCGUCCUUAUGUGAGGUAGGUUACCAGACAAGGAUGGUCUCCCCUCGCUAGCGUCGGCUCUGCUGAGGACCAAAGACGACCGGCGAGAGCAACAGGAGCAUGAAGAGCAGGCUGAGCAGCAAGAGGACCAGCAGCAGCAGCAGCAGCAGAGGAGGGGGUGGGAGAGGAAUGACGGGUUGAUUGAGGAAAGACCAGCCAACGAGCACGAGUUUCCCUCGCUUGUCGAGAGCCGCCACUCUCCCAAGAAGAAGCGCGCGCAGAGUCAGCCGCUGCCCGUCAGUCCACGCGCCCCGCAGCCAAUGGCCUCACAGCCCAACGAGACGCCACCGUCCAAACGCCGCAAGGUGCCACGUCGAGGGAGCCCGGGGGGAGAGGUCGUGACAAAGAGCUGCUGCAGCUGAGGGGUCAGCGGUCGCGUGAGAGGGCAGCGGUGCAGAGACUGGCGGGUGUGCAAGGGAUGCUGGGAGGUGCACCAAGUGUGCCGAUGCGUCCGGCUCGCCACGACAAACCAAAGACUGAGGGAGGGUAAGUGAGGAGACACCUGCAUUACCGGCACACAUGGAGCCGUCCUUUGCCCUUUAGGCGCGUGCGGAGUGUGAGUGAGCCUGCAGCAGCCCACGAGAGCCCGUCAAGAGACCCAUCAUCGCCGUAUCCACAAGACCGGACCGUCGCGCAGCGUUACGAAGCCGUCACUGCACGUGAGGGAGACACAGCUUCUUGUUACCUUUUGUCCAUGUCUCUGUGUCUGUUGACUGUUCUGGUCAGUCAUGGCUGAGCAGUCUUUCAUCAACCACUGGUAUGCGUGGCGCCCUCACUAAGCUCAGCCACUGCCCCUCUCUCCUCUCUCCUCUCACAGGUCGACUCACGGGUCGACGCCCAACGUCCAAGCCCCGCAGGUACUCCGGCAGGGGGUGCUGCACUACGGCAGCGGCGAGGUGUGCCUCACCAAGCCCCCAUUCAGCGACGAGGAGCUCAAAACAAUGAGCAGGACGUAGGCGGCGAUGCGCAAUGUGGCUGACCUCAUCGGCGUGUGUUCAUUUCUGCAGGGACUUCGAGAAGAAGUUCCUGCUCUUGGAGAACUUCUACCGCGCCCGUGUCUACAUGGCGAAGGUGGGCGGCUCAGAAGAGGUCAAGCAGCAAAUGUUCUCAAGGUUCUUCAACAACGUACGUCAACUCCGGCAGACAAGAUGGACAGCACAAUGGGGCUCUGCAUUGUGUGUGUGUGUGUGUGUGUGUAUGUUUCUUUGUGAUUCACACAGGAGGUCAUGGAGCCACCCCAAUGA